AGGGUUUCAGCUGCCAUUUAGUGACUCAGCUCAUGAUCUAUGAAAGAGGCGUGGAAACCUGUCUACCCACUCUCUCUCUCUCUCUUUUACUCCUUCUCUGUCAUUCAUACCCACAGCAAGCUCACACAGCAGUCAAUAUAGAGAAAUUACCUGAGGAGCUUUCUCUAUUUGCCUCUUGUUUUUUAUUCACAAAGACUUUCAUUCAGGUGGACCCAAGGGAUACUUCUCUUUUUUUUUUUUUUUUUUGCCUCUCUGUUUUGUUGAAGCAGUAAAGAGGAACAGGGUCUGAUUACGUUCCUGAAAGAGACUCUUUGAAGAGUCUCAUCAUCUCAGCAUUUUUUUUCUGUCUACUCUUCUCUUUUAGUCCCACACCUCUUUUUUGCUUCACUACAUUGUUGUGAGGGAGAAUGUCAAGGACUCACUAUGGCGCAUGUGUUGUGUUAUGGAUUUUUUCCUUAGUGGAGUGCAAGGUUCCAGAGGUUCGUGUGACCUGCAUCUUCUCUGAGGACUGUAUUCUUCCCUGCUCUUUCACACCCAAUGGUGAUGUGAACAUUAAGUGGUACCAGCAGGAUGCGCUCAUACUCAGUUUACAGCCGGCUGAACAGAGACUCAGCAAUGACAGCGUGCGGCUGUUCAGCGACAACAUCUCUGAAGGAAAUGCAUCACUUCUUGUGAAACAAGUAGAUACAAGGAGUAAAGGACGUUACAAAUGUGUGGUCAACAAUGUGACUCAGACAUAUGUUCUUGCAACAGUGGAAGCUCCCAUCAGGAUGAUCUCCAUUGACACCGAUCCCUCUGGGCUGAUUCGGUGCUCUACUAAAGACGUCUACCCAGCUCCGGUGUUGCAGUGGAGCACAGCGCCCAGUUCACCUCCUGCUGCACUGCAGCCCACCACCCGUAUGGCUUCUGUCGGAAAGGGACUCUUCACAGUGGAGAGCCUCCUAAAACAGCAGAACAACAGCCUUGAUCAUAUAUAUGUGUGUAACAUCACCUCCAAAUAUGGCAAGCAGACAUGGACAGCUUCAUUAAAGCUGCAAGAAAUUACCAGCUCUGAAGGGCAAGACCUGAUUAUUCCAUGUAGAGCUCCCAAGAACCUUCAGUCCUUCUCUCUCGUCUGGACUUUUACAACAGUAAACAAAACCACAGAUGUCCUCGAGUAUGACAGCAAGACCCAUAAAUUCAGCCGCUCCUGGGAUCAUGCAGAACUAGAAAAGGACAACAUAUUGAAAGGGGAUCUUUCACUAAACCUGCAGAAACCUGUUGGCUCAGAACAUUCUGGAAUCUACACAUGUGCCUUCUCAGCAGCAAAGGCGCGGCAUCUGAUCCAGACCCGUGUUGUUAUUACAUCCUCCAGGCAGGAGAAAGGUUUUCUUAAAUAUAAUCUGUGGAUGUUGGGUAUCGUCGCAGGAUUGAUCACUCUUCUCGCAAUCACUUUGGUUAUAAAAAGAUACAGAGCAAAAUUAAAAAGAAAUCAAGAAAACGCUGAAGAGGAUGCAGAAAUGCAAAGCAUGAAUUUAGCCAAAACAUCAGAAGAGCCACAAGCAGGAAGUAAACUUUUGACAGAGCCUUCGGGUUCUCACAGUUAACCGUGGAGAGAAGAAAGAAGAAUAUUAUAAGUGAGAAACCAGUAUGAAAUAUAAGUUGGAAGACCAAUUGAUGGGACUUUAUUUCUAUGCAGUCUGAGUAUUUGUGUGAACAAAAUGUUAUUUAGAAGAAACCGAAUACAUUUCUUGUAUUUGUAUGUUUUUUAAUGGUGCUUUGAUUAAAUAUUUUUCCAUAAUUUAUUGUAAAAAAGGAGAAAAUAUUAUUAAAAAUAAAUACAUUAUUUAUCAAUUAAUAUUUUUGCAAUAUAAUUUGUAAUUACACUACUGUUCAAAAGUUUUUUUUUUUUUAAGAAAUUCAUAUUAAAUUGAUCAAAAGUGUCAGUAAAGACAUUUAUAAUGUCACAAAAGAUUUCUAUGUCAAAUAAAUGUUGCUCUUUUGAACUUUCUAUUCAUCAAAGAAUUCUGAUAAAAAUGUAUCACGGUUUCUACAAAAAUAUUAAGCAGCGCAACUGUUUUCAACAUUGAUAAUAAUACGUUUCUUGAGCAUAUCAGCAUAUUAGAAUGAUUUCUGAAGGAUCAUGUGACACUGAAGACUGGAGUAAUGAUGGUGAAAAUUCAGCUUUGCCAUCACAUGAAUAAAUGACAUUUUAAAAUAUAUUAAAUAAAACAGUUAUGUUAAAUUGUAGUAAUAUCUCACUAUAUUUCUGUUUUUAUUGUAUUUUCGAUCAAAUAAAUAUAAAUGCAGAUCAAAUAAA